CUUGUUGGCGGAGUAGCGACGUGCGGUUGGGUCAGGCAGCUGUGCCCUGGUCGUUGCGUGACUGAUGUGGACGCUUGGGAGAGGGAACGGGAUCUAACAACGAUCAAUGAGGAAGGGUAUUGUCAUUGCUGCAAACCCAUGCGUUAUCUCCUAUGGAUUGGUACAGCCACGUGACGUCAGAAGGAGGGCAAAGCCAGAACAAGCGGCAUUUAAAUCAGUAGUAUGUGUGUUGAUAUACCGCUAUGUGGUUGGUCGUAGCGAGUGGUUCCUGCGCGCAAGAGUAGCAGACGAUCCUGUGAGUCGACGCCAGCUCUCUGUGGCAGCAGACUGGCAGUCUGUAUCUAUCACCUACUGAAGCUAUCAACACGAGAUAACACGACUACUUCAGCCAUAGAACACAUGUUCCAUAUCUACCGAACACCAAGAAGAACGAGUCUCUAGAGGACAGCUGCUGCAAUCGAUAUCUUAGGGCCCUUCUCACUUCACGGAAAUCAAAAGAGCAAAUCAAUGUUAGCGACAUAAUCACGUCGAGCCAAGCUUGUAUCAAUCAAGCAAAGUUAUGUGCCCCAGUUGAAGACUUCAACACAAUCACACCGACAGGGACCAACUGCUGAACCAAUAGUUGAUCUUGUUCACGCCUAAAGAACUCCUCGACCAAGGCCCCUCUGGUGGUGUGACGCUCCUACCCCAUCAUGUACGGGUUGUUGCUGGAGUCUAUUGUGGAGUUCCUGCGUCAGGAGUACGGCGAGGCUGUGUGGACGGAGAUCAGGCACAGGGGGGACUUCACCCAUUCUAGUUUCGCCACACACGACAUCUAUAGUGAAAACCUAAUCCCAAAUAUAGCCCGUAUCGCUUCAGAAAUCACUGGUGAAUCGGUAGAUUCUCUCAUGGAUUCGUUUGGUGUUACUUUUGUGUCCUUCGUGGGCCAGUAUGGCUAUGACAGGAUUCUUAAAGUACUAGGACGACAUAUGAGAGAUUUUCUAAACGGCUUAGAUAAUCUACACGAGUAUUUGAGAUUCAGUUACUCUAAACUGAAGCCCCCGUCCUUCUUCUGUGAGAACGAGAACAAGUCUGGCCUGACCCUUCACUACCGCAGCAGGAGGAAGGGCUUCUUGCACUACGUGAAGGGGCAGAUCAGGCAGGUGGGGAAGGUAUUCUACAACACAAAGGUGGAAAUAUAUGUUAUAUCGGAAGAAAUUGUACAUAACAGAGUACAUGUUAUUUUUAGACUCAUCUUUGACAACACUGCAUAUCGUGAGUUGCUAAAAUCUACAGAUGACAACCUCGUGGACAACAUCCCGCUACGAUCUGAAGUUCUGUUUGAACUGUUCCCCUUCAACAUUGUGUUCGGGCGUAACAUGGGUAUUCGUAGUACUGGAUCUGGCCUAGGAGCGGUCAUGAGAGUAGUGGUCGGGAAGUGCCUGACUGCAGUCUUUGGUCUUCGGCGGCCACUAGUGGACUUCACGUGGCAAAGCAUCAUGGCGCACACGAACAACGUAUUUGAGCUGAUUUCCCUCAAAUCUGUGAGAAGACGAACACAAGGCAGCAACUUCGACAGCGCAGACGAUAGCUCCAUUAUCACCGAAGAUGAGAAGAAAGAUUUAGACCAGAAGUCUUUGGACGAGGAUUCCCACUGUCUCCACCUGAAGGGCCAGAUGAUGUACAUGUGUGAAUGGGAUUGCAUCAUGUUCCUGGGCACACCUAUCAUGGACAGUCUGGACGAUAUGUUUAACGUUGGUCUGUACAUCAAUGAUCUCAGCAUGCACGACUCCAGCAGGGACCUAGUACUGGCGGGGACACAACAGUCCGCAGAGCUCAAGCUGGCUCUUGAUCAGGAACAAGAGAAGAGCCGGCUCUUGGAGGAGAGCAUGCUGAAGUUAGAUGCUGAGAUGAAGAGAACAGAUGCAUUGCUGUACCAAAUGAUACCGAAACCUGUUGCUGACAGACUGAGGAAGGGUGAGCCAUCAGUCAACACGUGUGAGGUUUUCGACAAUGUAACAAUCCUGUUCAGCGACGUGGUUGGGUUCACCACCAUCUGCAGCCAGAUUACACCCAUGGAGGUUGUCUCCAUGCUCAACGCCAUGUACACAAAAUUUGAUAAAUUGAGUGAAGAACACAGGGUUUACAAGGUUGAGACGAUCGGCGACGCCUACAUGGUGGUGUCGGGAGCGCCUACUGUGACCAAGUACCACGGACUGCAGAUCUGUGACAUGGCCCUAGGGAUGCUGGACUCCAUGUGGGACCUGAAGGACCCAUCCACUGGAGGGAACAUGAAGAUCAGGGUCGGUAUCCACACCGGCACUACUGUAGCCGGGGUAGUGGGCAUCAAGAUGCCGAGGUACUGUCUGUUUGGUGACACUGUCAACACAGCAUCAAGGAUGGAGACAAGUGGAGAGGCAAUGAAGAUUCACAUCAGCGAGACAACGAAGAAGGAGCUGGAGCCGUAUCCGUACCAGGUAGAAGAGAGGGGCAGCAUCCAGGUGAAGGGUAAAGGUUCCAUCCUGUCCUUCUGGCUAUUGAGCAGGGACACGUCGCGUGAAGGUUCUGGUCCCAGGUGUCCCUUUACAACCUACCUCGAGGAUGAAAUGAAGAAGAUCAACAAAGAAACACACAGUGCAGACGGUACGAGGUCCGUCUACUCACCAGUUUCCUUUGAAGAUAUUCCCAAGAGUACCUUUAAUUCACCAGUACAUGCAGAGACAUAUGGUACAGCCAAGAUCAUUAAUACUCUCAAUAACAAUGAAGCGAAUAAAACUGUUGUAUAUGUGGAAUCGCGGGAUGAAAGUCCCAAAAAGAAUCAAGAUUCUCGAGACACAUACUCUAAACCGAAAGAUGUUGGUAUGAUAAAAAAUACCCUCCACCAGUCCAACCGACCUCCGAGUGUCAACAGCCGGGGAAAGAAAGAGGAGUCAGAAAAGCCCAAAAGUCAGACUUGUUGUAUUGUCUAACUAGGUUUAGUGACAGUGGCACAAUCAUCCCGAGACACGCUGCCCCGGGACCAUCGUGUUUGUUUCCCUGUCUCAUAAAGGACUAGUGCAUUGUGACUCUCUGAACGUGGCUUAAGGAACGCUCCACCUCAGAGACUGACACAAAGUGACAUUUGACAUUGUACAUAUUGACAUUUUAUGGGGCUAAAUUUCACAACUAGAUCUACUUAUAGAUCACCCAUCUUUGAUAUUGAUUGUGAAAAUAAUACAUGUACUUGAUGUCCAGCUUACUUAGUUGAAUGUCUAUUGGCAAGUCAUGAAUGUUUAUAAAGUGAAUAGAUUUAAACAUACUUAGAAUUAUGUACACUCGGUCAAGUCUGUAAUGUGGCUAUUGACAAAAGGCGGGAUAUACGUGGAAUCCAAAUCACGAAAUGUUUGUGAAUGAUGUCACUCUAACGGAUAAUGUAGAAUCGGGGGAUGAGUGCUUAAACAUAGCUCGCACA